UCCAUUGUCGGAAGCAAAUUAGCAUGGUCAUACAUAAGUCCAUAUUUGUUUACAUAAGGAAAAAAAAGACAUAAAUUAGUAUUGGACGAUUAAAACUAAGAUUCUAGCAGAUCUAGGACUACCCGACCACGGCACAAGAACAUGGCUUCUUGGACAACACGAAACUCAUGUCCCAUGUUGUAUUAGUAUAGCACAUACAUACAUAUAAUGUAAUCAUAGCUUUGGGUUAGUUGAUCAUUGGUCCAAUGGCUAACUUGCUAAUAACUUUGUUCUUAAUUUCCAUUAUUGAACUCUUGUUUCUUCCUAACGCAACAAGAAGCAAAACAACUUCACCAGCUUGUGGAAGCAGAUAUUGUGGAAGCUCUGAAGUAGCUAUUGAGUUCCCUUUCCAUUUGACACAGGAUCAUACUAGCUUUGUUGGAGGAGAUGCACGAUGCGGGUACCAAGGUUUUGAAGUUUCGUGUAACCAAAGGAAUUUGAUGAUUAGUCUCCCAAAUGGAGGAGGAGAAUUCAUCGUCAAAAACAUCUCUCUAGAGCACCAAUAUAUUUGGGUCAACGACCCUAAUGAGUGUUUUGCUAAACGGUUCUUGCAGGGCAAGGAUCUCAUCAAAGAUUCACCCUUCCUAUGGGGCCUUCCAAAUUCAAAGAGAGUGAUGUUUUACAAUUGCAGCGAAUUAGCAGGAAUUGAUGUUGAUCCACAACUACGUCUUCCUUGCCUGAGUGACGAUGAGAAGCAUUAUUAUUCUGUUAUAGUUUUGUCAGAGUCGGAUAUUGAGAAUGAGAAUUAUUAUAGUUCAAAGUGUAGGAAUAUUGGGUCUGCUUUGUUUCCCGUUAAUGAUGUUUCUGAAGAUGAUUCUUCAAUAUCAUCACGGCAAAUAAGAGAUGAACUUAUUCAUUUUGAUAUGAAGUUGCAAUGGUUUAGGCCUAGUUGUUAUUGUAAGGAGGAUCAACACUGUGGCUUCAUACCAAAUGCUGAUUUUGACGUUGUUUGUUACAACCACAAAAAUCAAGAACAAGGUAAUACAUUGUCAACUCAAUCUUCAUCUCAAUACCGGAUCCUUUAAUUUCCUUAAAUAAUAUUAUAAAUUGUUCUGACAUGAAAAUGUGGAGUUAGUGCAGAUAUGUUACUUGAACUUGACAGCGGUUAUUCCAAUAAUAAUGGUAAUGGGCACAUGCAAGCACUUUCCGGUACUAGUGGAAGUCCUCCAAGUUAUUAUUAUGGUGAAAAGGAAGAGAGCAAGUUUGCUAUAGCAUUGGGAACGCUAGGUAUAUUAAUAUUAUUAUUUUAUGUAGCAUUUCAUAUAACUAAGGAGAUGAGACAAGAAAGGUUACGACAGAGAAUCAUCGAGACCCAACAUGCGCGAGCAAGGAGAAUGUUGUUAAGCCAACAGCGACAGCUAGGAGAGCUACGCAGAUUAAGAAUGAUGGAAUCAUCAUCAAUCAUCAGUGAGAGGUACCCUCCCACCAGCGAUGAGAAUUCAACAAUAAUAAUAGAGUUAGAACAAUGUCCAGUUAUCCAGCUAGGUGACAGUGGACAAUUGCCAACAAUGUCAAUGGACAACGUUUGUUCUAUAUGUCUUAGUGAGUACGAGGCUAAAGAAACAUUAAGGAGCAUGCCACAGUGUAAUCACUUUUUUCAUUCUCAUUGUAUUGAUCCCUGGCUCAAGAUGAAUGCUACUUGUCCCUUGUGCCGAAAAUUGCCAAUAUGAAUAAUUUAGAGAUGGAUAAGCCAUAAAAAAUGAACUUAAAUUAUUUUGGCGAUGAUUCUUCAAAUUUUUGUUAUCAGCACUUAGGCACAUAUUUAAGGUGCAAUAUAUUAAGAGCUAACAAAUU